AACACCAUCAACAGGUGGUCACACAUUGCCAGCAUAAUGGACAACUGGAGCUCUUCAACAAUUGCUGUACCACCAUUCCUCCAGCUCCCAGUCGAGCUUCGACUUCGAAUUUACAGCUACCUUCUGCCAUAUACGUCCACACUAGCCCCCAGCUUCCAACGCGGGGAACCCGAGCGCAGCGAAUUCAAUCUGACCUACAUCCGCGAAACGGUAGAGAAAGGAGUAUGGAAGAUGCAAAAGACACACCCUCGCACCAGCGUGGGCAAUGAUGUUAUAUGGAAACGGGGGUGCACCGCCAUCUUAGCCACGAACCACCAAAUCCACGAGGAAGCCGUUGACGUGAUCUAUGGGGACAAUAUUUUUGUUGUGGAUGUUGCAUUCGACACUAUCAAAUUCCAGCAGCGCUGGCGAACAGCGAACAACCUCAUUCCUUCCCGUUCCUAUGCCUUUCUAGACCACUUCUCACAGAGAAACCUGCUACGCAUAAAGAACUAUAUCAUAAACGUAGAGCACGUGGAUGAUUACACUGGCAUGACCAAAUACAACUGCGGUGGCCGCGGGCUAACGGUCGGCAUUCGCAACCAGGUACAAGAGCUGGUGGAUUUGUUGAGCGCGGUUCCAUACUUGCACCGUUUGCAUGUGCACUUGAUUGAUGGCGCCAUCAGCCGAGUGAAAUUUCCGAGUGGGCGCGUCCAUCGAGUACAGGACGAGCAGAAUUACAUCAACUCGCAAACAGUUUUGGAGCCUUGUAGACGGCUCUGUGGUGUCAGAAAAGCGAUAGUGACGGGUGUCAGCCAGGCAUAUGCAGAGAACCUGGAGCACAAGAUGACGACUUCGAAAAGAAUUGAUGGGUAA